AUGAGCUUCUUCCCACCCUCUAUCCCUCACAUCGCGUGCCCGAUGGAUUCGAUCGAACAGCUUCAAGUCGAUGAAGAGCUCCGAAAGAUUGACGAAGAAGAAAACUGGCUUCAUCGCCGAAGAUCUGAACUGCGUCAAGAACGAAACGCUGCAUCGCCAGUCUCCAAACUACCGAACGAGUGCCUCUCUAUGAUUUUUGACCUUGCUUCUAAAGAAGAACAUGCGCGUUCGAAGGAGAACCGUGGAAUAAUGCGCGAUCGCCCUACGUUCCGGACCACUUCUACCGUGGUAUCUCAAGUCUCAAACCACUGGCGAGCUGUUGCUCUUACUACUCCUCGCCUUUGGUCCUCCAUCUUCCUGAUAAUAGGAAGGAGUCGGCCACGUCAAAAAAAUUACAUCGAGGGGUUACUAGAGCAUGUUCGCCGUGCCAAGGCAGCUCCCAUUGACAUGGAACUGUCUUCUGGAUUGUUUUAUCGGCCCGGAGAAUACCCGCUACCCGAGUUGUCCAGCCUCGAGCUCGAGAUCGUUAGCGACUUGCUGCCUGCAUGUCGUUCCCUCAAAGUCUGCUUGCCACCGCGAGAAGCAUCAUACUCUGUCCUCGCCCGUUUGCUAAUUCAAGAUAUGCCCCAGCUGGAGGAACUCUCGUUAAGUGGUGAUGCGCACAGUCAAGCAUGGACCAUCUCGAUGCCUCUUUGCAGCGAGCGUCUGAGGUCCAUUGAGCUUCGCUAUGUCCAAUUACACCCCGUGACACUGUCUCAACUCGCCCAGGUGAGCUCACUAAGGAUGAACCAUUCAUCCAUCGUGACGACGAAAUCGGAACGCAAACCCGAACAGCUGGAUGCAUUGAAGAAGACGUGGCAGACGAAUCUGAUGGACGAAAGGCAAAGCUUACUCAGCUUGCAGGUGUUGCAGGGUGCAACAAACCUCAGGCAUCUUACCUUGCAGUAUGUCUUCGUAGCGACCCCACCCGAGGAUCUUGCUACCCUAACGUUCACACGUUUGGAUUCCCUUGAACUCGCAGCCGGGAUUCAGCUAUCGACGUAA